AUGGAGCGAACGAGUAUCCUGAAGGGCUCCUACAUGCACAGUUACAAUGAGCUGAUCUCUGAACUACUGGCCCAGGACACCUCGUGGCUCGGGAUGGGUCUAACUCUACUAUUGUUUCUCCUGUUUCUUGGCACUUGCAACUUGUGGCUACCUAUGCUAACGUUGAUCGGUAUCGGGUGGUCUUUGCUAAUCGCCUAUGCAAUAUACACGCAACUGUUCAAUAUUCCGCAGUUUCCUCUGAUCAAUCUCAUGGCCAUUGUGUUGGCUAUUGGUUUGGGUGCGGACGAUUUGCUUGUCUACUUUCAGAUUUGGACUUUCUCCAAGCAUGCAGUUCCAAUAUUAAAUUCUGACUCCCCUGACCCGGCUAGUAUCAACACCAUUUGUCAAUGUUCGUGUGUUUGGAAACAGCAGAAACGUGAAGCGCAGUCACAAUCAUCCGAUUCGGAUGACCUCGUCUUACCAGGAAGGCCAUCCGUGUCUGUCAGCCACCCGUCUGCUCCUUCUGAGCCGGGUCCAGUGAAUCGACUUCGUUUUACCCUAUCCCAUGCAUUGCCCUCCAUGACUUUGACUACCGUUUCCACCAUCCUAGGUCUGUUGGUCAAUCUAUUCUCAUCCAUUGUUGCUGUCAAGCGGUUUGCUUUGUUCUCCACUCUGGUCGUUGCAUCAAAUCUCUUAUUCGUACUCAUUACUGCGCCUUUGUUUUUUCUUCUCUGUGAUUCGUGCUGUGCGAAUCCGGACGUGUACUGUUGUAUUUCCCCGUUUCAUACAAGUUCAUCUUCUCGACCCGGUUGGGCUUUGAUUUCCGCAUGGUUUGCAACCAUCGUUCAACGUGGUCGUUGGAUCAUUUCAAUCACUUUUCUAAUUGCCCUGACCAUCACGUGCUACCUGCUGUUUGGUGCACGACGAUUUGAUCUACCUCAAACAGGCAGCCAAUCCGCAUCAUUCCUCCGCCCACAUCAUCCGUUUGAAAUGUUCAUCAAUCAACAGAGCAACUGGUUCUGGACCGAACGAGAGCUACAUCAUUGGGAAAAUCUGAUUCAGUUUCAUAUUGUAUGGGGUCUUGUGCCGGGAGAUACACGGUCGUUUUGGACUUAUAGUGAUGCAGAUCAAUACACUACCGCUUCAUGGAUUCCUGAUUCUCAGUUGAACCUGACCUCAUUGGCAUCGCGUCAAUGGCUACAAUGGUUUUGUGACACGCAAUUAAAACAAAUGCCCCACCUUCUCCACGCCAAGUGGUUCGAGCAUCGACCAGACUCGUUGUCCUGGUUCGAUCCGGCUCUGUUGAACCGACAGAUUCAAUUGCCGAUUUGGUGCCCAGUUGGACAUUAUCCGAACUCACUAGACAAUUAUGUGUUUGCUCGAGCUUGCUCACUGCCUAAAACUCACUGUUGCGUGAAUAAUACCGGACUGGAUACACAGAAUGCCCCAGUAGACCGGUACUUGAACUGUUUAACGGAGUGGUUAGCGUACGAAGCUCAUCAACUACCACAGGAAGCUCUGAGCUCCGGAUUCCGGUUUUCCAUGUCUCCCAACGGGAUCAUCAAUGAACCCGUCGGAUUAGUGUUAACUGUCAUCACAAAUGUGGCGGAGUACUUACCGUGGAGCAUCCUUAGUGCUAUACUAAUGGCCAGUAUCCUCAUGCUAAUAACCUGUCGCAAUUUGGUACUCUCCCUGGUCUCACUUCUCUGUCUAAUCGGUUGUUUAAUGAUAGCCGUCCUGCUUUUGGCCUUGUUAGACAACUGGACAUUGGGUGUUGUGGAAGGAUUGGUUUUGAGUUUGGCUUCCGGCCUAGCUAUCGAUCCGUGUUUGCAUUUAGCCCAAACUGUGUCCCGGUUGCACAAAGCACGUGGCUGUUGCGAACCCGCUGGUUUCGGCCCGGUUCUCCAUCGGGCCUUGACAAUGCUCAAUCCGGCUGUGACCGGGUCGACAUGGAGCACGGCACUCGCAGGGCUGUGUAUGUUAUCUUGCCAAUUGUUGUGCUAUCACCAAAUUGGAGUAUUUCUGGCCACACUAAUGACCUGUUCGUGGUUAAUCUGUUAUGUGACAUUUGCUAGCAAUUUCGCUUGUUUAGACGACUUGCUUCGUUGGUGGACUCGUCGCUAG